UAUCAGCGGCUUGAUUCACCUCUUCUGCGCAGCCAACGCCACCACCGAGGCUAGCAACAAUCCGUGGCGUACAACCAAUCUUACAUAUUCCAAACAAAGCCACGUUCCUUGCUCCUAGCUGGUACAAUUGCUAAACAAGACACAUAUGUAAAGUUUAUAAACAACAGACUAAUUUAUAGUUGGUUCCGUUUAUUUAUGUGCAUAAAUUCUAAGAUUUAGUGAAAACAUAAUGCCAUUUACAACUUUAUACAAAAUAAUUUGUAACUGUAAACUCUUUUGGGAUCAACUUGUAAACAUAAACUUCUUUUGUAACUAACAUGGUGCAUUCCUAAUCUUGAGUAGCAGCAAUCGGAUAUGUUCUUCAGAUUAAUCCAAACUAGAAGUGUAGAAAUUUUUAACCAAAAAAAGAAAUCAGUUAGAUUAGCUUGGGUUAAUUUUCUAUCUUAAUUUUAAUAUUAAAAAUGCUGGAUUCCAACGCCCAAACUAUUGUUUCGCCAAUCAUUUAAAAAUUCGGUUAACAUUUUACGGUUUAGUCAUCGGUUAGACUUUGGCGGUCACUAUUGAUAUUGGACCGGACUUUGUCUUGUCGUUGUCGGGACAAGCAAGAGAAAUAUAAAGUUGAGCUCGCUUGAGGGUUUUAGGCCGCCGUCGAUUGUUUGUCACCUCACCGGUAGGGUUUUAACAAUCACUCUUCUUCUCCUCGACCCUGUCACCGUCAUCUGUUCAUUAAACUUAGAACUUUUGAAGAUGAAAAGGAAGGAUACCACUCCGCCGCAGAAACCCAAUCCGUCGAAGAAGACAAAGAAAACAAAGAAGAACAACCCUCAAACUCAGCUUGUAGAUGUUCCGGUAGAGGUCGUAAAAACCAAACCUUUUGAUCAGAAGAAAACAGCUUCGGGCAUUGUUUCCGAAGAGGGUCCAUGGAAGAACCUUGAGCUUAUACUCUCGUUGCAGAACAAUGAAUUAAGCAACAAAGAGAAGAUGGAGUUGGCUUUCAGUUUUGUGGAAGCAUAUACAGGAGAGAAGAGGAGUGACGACGAGGAUGAUGAAGAAUGUCAAGCGGUUACGAUCUCUCGUCUGGUUAUGUAUCUAAGCGACUGGAUCCAGUCACUGUUUUUCUCUAAAGAACAAAACUUUCAAGUCAAGGCUGAGAUUUGUUUGGACUUUAGAUGCUGGAACAUCCUCAGGUUCUGCCUGAAGCAGUCGUCAAUCUUGCACGUCUCUAUCAAUUCGUCAAGAUACCUUUUGAAGGCUAUAGGGUUUAUCGCCGGAGAUCUUCUAUCUUCUAUCGGAGAUGGUCAAGGCUUUGAAGCGUUCAGCUCUGUGGUUGACUGCGUAGAGUUGUUGUUUUCAUCGAAAAGCGGGCUUUUCAAUGAUAACUUCGACUUGUGGUUCUCAGCUGUGGAGCCUGUUCUGAACCUCACUCAUAGAGUUCUUGCAGAGAAUAUCAAAGAUGCGUUUGUGCUUAGAUUCUCUUGCUUGGUUCUUGAGCCGUUCUCUACGUUUAUGGUUCAGCCGACUAAGAAGAAUGGGUUUCAAGAUUUCGUGGACAAGCUUGUUGAGCCUUUACUGAGUGUGUUGGGUUUAUUGAUAGCCAGGGAAGACAAAGGUUAUGGUUUGGAAACGGCCUUGUUGAAGUUGAUUCAGGAAAUACUAUCUCUAGGUCUGUUUCAUUCAUCUCAUAUCGAUGGGUUCUUAGGCCUAGGCGGAGCGGAAAGGUAUUUGCCAGAAUCGAAUGUGAGCAAAACCGUUUUGAAAAGCUAUCAUCGGCAUUUUUUCACCAAGUUUGAGAACAUGUUAGUGAUGAAGAAGGAGGUGGAGCUGAGCUGUAUGGGGUCAUUGUUUAGUUUGUUUAUCAACAGAGUGAUGAAACAGCAAAGAGACUCAAAUCAGCUGGCUACAAAGGCCUCAAAGCAGCAAGGCGCAUCUACAAAUGAUAACGAGUCUUCUGCAAAGAGUCAUAGCUCAAGUUUCAUCCGCUGGGAGUCGCGGAAGUCACUUUUUGAUUUCUUCCUGCAUCUUAUGGAACCUAUAUUGCUAAAGAUCGAUGGACAUGUUGAAUCUAGCUCUGACAUUGCAUCUCUGUUAGCUGAUUUCUGUUGUUUGAUUAAGUCCGCAAAUGGUUUACUCUACCACUUUGCUCACGAGAGGAUAUACGUAAAGACAGAGGAUGCAUCUGAAGGAGCUUGCUUCUGUUUCUUGAAGAAAAUCUUCACAACAAUAGUUUCAGUUGCUUCUCAAUUACAACACACAUAUUCUGAAGGGUCGAAGAUGCAUGUUUUGUUAGCCAAGGAGCUGAUAACUGCGAUAGGCUACUUGCUGCAAAUUGAAUACGAAGUUAUUGAGAAUGAUUUAGUUACUUUGUGGCUAACCAUUCUCUCUUUCACGAGGUUUAGUAGUUUUUCAUCAGAGAACGCAGAAGAUGACUGCUCGUUGACUUCAUUGUUGAUUGGUCUCGGAUGUCAGUUGAUAAACUUAUACAGUGACCUCCGUCAGGUAAGUGUUGCUGUAUUUGCUAUGUGCAAAGCUGUAAGGCUUAUGAUACCUUCUGAUGGUGAUAAUGUGGAGAUGGUCGACAUCAGAGAGCUUCCACUGUUAGAAAGAAGCGCACAAUCAGUGGAGAAGCUCAUGUCAUGUCAAGAUCUAAGGCUUGCUAUACAUAGAGCUGUUAAAGCUAUACCAGAAGGCCAAGCAUCUGAUUUCAUCAAGAGCUUGACUACAGAUGUAUCAGAAACCUCAGAUUGGAUAAGAGUUAGUUGCUCAGCAAGUGCUAGAGAACAAGAUGGACAGGUGGCAGCGUUCUUGGCCGGAGCUUUGUCUGCUAUCUAUUCACUUAUUCUGGACUCGCUAACUAUCAAAACCGGGAACAGUAUCAGUGUCGCCGAGUCCAUGAACUCUCUGGUGAUUCUCAUCCGUCCUUGCUUAACUCACCUGGUUUCUUCCGGCUCAGAUUGCAUCGAAAAUUUCCUUUCUGCUGUCACCGGAAAGGAUUUGGACAUUAUAAUUACUGAAAAGAAUAGAGAGACCUACAGAAAGUCUGCGCGCUUGUUUAUUAUCUUCUUCUUGCGAAUCUACAUGUCUUCCCGAAGCUUAUCUAGGCAACUGAUUUGUCUUAUGCCUCCGAAAAAGUCGAAAGAGAUGGCUGUUAUUAUGGGUGACUCUGCUACAGCUCGCCGCGGAAGUGAUUGGGUGAAAAAGAAGAGUUGGAAUGAUGAAGGCUACUUUUCAUGGAUCUGCCAACCUUCAGCUUCUAUUGUUGACAUUAUUAAACAAAUUUCAGAUGUUUACCUCAAUGAUGACAGUGCAGAGGACUGCUCCUUGCUGGUGUAUAUAUUAUAUGGAGUGGCUCUUCAGAGACUUGUUGAUUUAAACAGAGAUAUAAAAUCACUUGAUUAUGUGUCGCAGAUAAGUGAUCAUCAGAUGCAUGGUACAGUGCUGGAGCAUGUUUCAGUACUUAAGUCUGAAGGAGAAGAGCUUACUGAGUUUCUUUUGGGUAACACCAUCAUACCAGGAUUUUCUGAAGUUGGAGCUUUUGAAACGAUAGAUGACACUGAUCAGUGUUUGCCUGCUGUGCGUUUGGGGGUUCUUAGCCAGCAUAUUGAUAUUUGGUGCCCCCAUGCAGGAAAAAAGAAUAUGAAGAGCUUCCUGUCUCAGCUAAUAGGAAGUUCCGUUAUGUCAAAUCUUGGCUUGGAGAAUAGUGUAGACAAAGGCACUCAAAAUAAGAAAACAGGGUUGGAACAGUCUUCGUUAGGGCUUCUUUGUGAUUCAGUAUUGUAUGAGCAUGAAUUUGUUCGCAGGUCUUUGGCGCCGAGUUUUUCCCACAUACUCAAAAUGACAACAGAAGCAAUGUUCAAGGACUUCACCGAAGAAGUAGAUUCACCAUCAGAUUGGUCAGAGGUGUUAGUCUUGCUUGAAAGUUCAGUGGCCAAGCUUCAGUCGGAAGCCUAUUUCGAGGGGCAUGUGUCACAGCUGGACAAUCGAAAGUAUACAGCUUGUAAAAAUUUGCUAAAUCUUUUAUGUGUGAUGCCCAAGGAGUAUAUGAAUAAGAAGUCACUCCAACUUUAUGCAAGUUUUCUCCUCGACCUUGAGAGGUUUAUAGUUUUUAGCAUGUUGAGAUGUUUGGACAAGCUGUCUCCGGGUGAUAUGCAAAACCUUUUCAGCCUGUUCAUCACUUGCAGAAAAACUUUGAAAAGCGUUGCUAUGGUUUCUUGCGACAAGGUGCUAAGAUCUACCGAGUUGCCUUUAUCUGAUAUUCUAUCGUUGACUUCUUGGCUUUUCAAAUCAGCACAAGCUGUGGUUACUUGUCAAGAGAGAGUCAGGAGUGAUUUCACAAGAAAAUCAAGGGACUCCCUCUUUGCGUUGAUGGAUCACACAUCGUAUAUGUUUAUGACCAUAAGUAGAGAUCAGUUUAGCAAGGCGCUACCACUGUUUGAUGGACAACUCAUUUCAACCGAGGGAAGUAGACAAGCAAACCGUGCAUUUGAGAGCGUGACAGAACAGGCAGAAACUCUACUAGAUUCCUUAAGAUCCACCUUCAGAGAUGGGAGAACAGUCUUUGAAUGUAAGACACUGAUACUGAACGAGUUAGUACCCAUAUUCUCUUCUCUUAGUGGGUUGUUGUGGGGGUUAGCAUCUACAGUGAGUCACAGAGAUAUGCAGAAGAGUCAUAUGAACGCGAAACUGAAAUGGAAAUCAGAAGAAUUCUCGAAGCUUUCUGGCAUUAUCCAUGUUCUUAGCAAUUUUUUUGAGGUUUUCGCACAGUACCUGUUUCUUAGUGCUGAUGCGCAGCAAGAAAUUGGAACCAGUCUCAACUGGACUGGAUUGCUUGAUGGGACCGAGAGUUCUGGUGACAUGGUGGAGAGUAGCAGCGAUGUGAAAAAACAUAUUAUUGAGAGUUUAAUGAAGGGUGAUUCUACGGAAGUCGUGUUAGCACUCAGGCAUCUGUUAAUUGCUUCUGCUGCAAUAUUAAAUCUAAAUCUCCAGAUCAAGGGCAUUACAUUCUCACCCACAUUCAUCCCUGUUCUCACAGACAUCUCAUUUGAUCUACUGUCUGUAUUAGCAGGCACGAGCGAGUUACCUCUCGAGUUCUCAUUCAUAUGGUUGGAUGGUGCAGCGAAGUAUCUAGAAGAGUUAGGGAGCCACUUGUGCUUGUAUAAACGUAUGUCAAACAGAGAUCAUCUCUACUCGAAGUCGAUUGAGUUGCACCUGAAGGUGAUUGGGAAAUGCAUAUCGCUACAAGGGAAGGAGGCUACCUUGGAGUCUCACGAGACAGGGUUUGGUACUAACGUAAUCCAUGCUAAGAAAGUGGAAUCAGAAAGAAGCCGGUCUCAUCAGAGAUUACAUUGGUUGGAGGAAUUAAAAGUGAGGUUUAGAAUGUCAUUUAAAGUGUUGUUACAUAACUCCGAAGAGUCACAUUUAAAGUCAGGACUAGAAGCUAUACAAAGAGCACUGGUUGGAGUGUGUGAAGUGUGCCCAGCUAUCUAUAGCAUACAGACUGGAGACAGAGAUGGGGGUAGAAUCUCUGAAACCGCUGCGGCUGGUAUCGACUGUCUGGACCUAGUUCUGGAGCAUGCCACAGGUCGCAAUCGUUUGAGUGAGGUUAAAGGACGCAUCCAGGGAUUAGUGUCGGCAGUGUUCGGUAUCAUGUCUCACAUGCAGAGUCCAUUUAUCUUCUGCACAGAUGCAGUUGUUGGCAAGCAGGGUCCCAAAUCUCCGGAUGCUGGAUCAGUCACUCUCAUGUGUGUGGAAGUCUUGAUAAGAAUAGCAGGGAAACAGGCAUUGUUUGAGAUGAAUCCAUCGCACAUAAGCCAAUCCAUACAUAUGCCUGGAGCAAUCUUUCGUGAUUAUGGGAAUUUGUUACGCAAGGAUGAUCAGCAACAAGAUCUCCAAGUAGACCAGAAAUUCUCUGUGAGCAUGUAUGCUGCUUGCUGCCGACUAAUAUAUACAUCUGUUAAGCAUCAUCCCAAAAAAACUGAGCGCUCCAUUGCUGCACUACUAGAAUCUACUUCUGCGCUUCUUCAUUGUCUGGAGACAGCAGGGAACAGAGUGGGUAAGUUUGCUUCAUUUGAAGUGGAAGAGGGAAUCACAUGUGCUUGUUUUCUUCGGAGGAUCUACGAAGAGCUAAGACAGCAGAAAGAAGUCUUUGGACAUCACUGUUUCAAGUUCUUGUCAACUUACAUAUGGAUUUCUUGUGGAUAUGGUCCUCUUAAAAUGGGUAUCAAAAGGGAGGUAGAUGAAGCUUUAAGGCCUGGUGUGUAUGCUCUCGUAGACUCUUGCUCUGAUCAGGAUCGUCAGUAUCUCCAUACAGUAUUUGGUGAAGGUCCUUGUAGGAACUAUCUAGCAGCUCUGAAACAAGAAUCCGAUUUGAAUUUCAAGUACGAGGGAAAGGUUUAGAAAAAUUACAAUUACUUUUUUUACUCUUGGAAUAUUGUAGCAAGUUACUAAUGGGAUUUGCUAAUUUGUUGAUGGUAAUACUAUACUUUCUUUGUUUUGAGAGUAUAAUAAUUGAUAAUGAAGUUACGCAUCA